ACAGACAACAAUGGACUGAACCAGCUGGGGGGAAAAUUUAUAAAUGGCAGACCCCUGCCAGAUGAGGUGCGUCACAAAAUCGUUCAUCUGGCCCAGGAGGGGGUGAGACCGUGCGAGAUCUCCAGACGAAUGAAGGUCUCGCAUGGAUGUGUCAGCAAAAUUCUUGGCAGAUUUUUUGAAACUGGGUCGAUUAAACCUGGCGUGAUUGGAGGAUCGAAACCGAAAGUAGCAACCGGGUCAGUGGUGCAAAACAUUGCAGCCUAUAAACUGGAAAACCCCACAAUGUUCGCCUGGGAAAUUCGGGAGAGGUUGUUGAAGGACGGUGUCUGCAACAACGAAACCGUCCCUAGCGUCAGCUCUAUAAACAGGUUGCUUGCCUGCUCGGUG